AAAUGCACUUGGUCAUGUAUUUUGACAGGGACACUCAUUCAAAUAGUGAAAGACAGAGGGACGCAUGUGAUAAGAUCAACGCGAGUAUUUCUUCAUAUCAAGGAUUGCGUGUGUGGGUCCUGCCUGUUUAUGAAAGUUUGCAAAGUAGACGAGCGCCAGUUUGACUUGCAAAAUAGCGCUCACUUGGAGACUGGAGCUAGGGAGGAAUAACAAUUGUUCAGGAUCAUCAUCUUUCUCUCCCUGUCUCCACUGGUGACCUAACGACCAGCGCCAUGGGUGAAAUGGAGGAAUUGCGAAAGGAGAUGGAAAAUCUGAAAGACCAGAUCACUGCAGCUCGUAAGACGUUUCAGGACUCCACGCUGCAGGAGGCGGCGGCCGGCGUCACGGUGGUGGGCCGGGUCCAGCUGAAGACCCGGAAAACUCUGAGGGGUCACCUGGCCAAGAUCUACGCCAUGCACUGGGGCACCGACUCCACGCUGUGUGUCAGCGCCUCGCAAGAUGGAAAACUCAUCGUGUGGGACACCAUCACGACCAACAAGGUGAACGCCAUCCCUCUGAAGUCGUCGUGGGUGAUGACGUGUGCGUACGCGCCCUCGGGGAACCUGGUGGCGUGCGGCGGUCUGGACAACAUGUGCUCCAUCUACAACCUGAAGGGCAAAGACGGGAACGUCAAGGUCAUGAGGGAGCUGGCGGCGCACACAGGUUACCUGUCCUGCUGUCGCUUCCUGAGCGACACGGAGAUCAUCACCAGCUCUGGAGACUGCACCUGCGUACUGUGGGACAUUGAGACAGGGACCCAGAAGACGGUGUUCGCGGGACAUCAGGGCGACGCCAUGUCUCUGGGCGUGUCUCCAGACUUCAAGUUCUUCAUCUCAGGAGCGUGCGACUUCACGGCCAAACUGUGGGACAUCAGAGAGGCUGAGUGCAGACAGACCUUCGGAGGCCAUGAGAGCGACAUCAACGCUAUCGGGUUCUUCCCCAAUGGUAACGCGGUGAUCACGGGCUCGGACGACGCCACCUGCAAGCUGUACGACCUGCGGGCCGACCAGGAGCUGCUCACCUACCAGGACUCCAGCAUCAUGUGCGGGGUCACCUCCCUCGCCCCCUCCAAGUCAGGACGCCUGCUGCUGGCCGGGCACGACGACUUCAACGUCAACAUCUGGGACAUGCUGAAGGCCGAGAGAGUGGGAGUGCUGGCGGGUCACGACAACAGGGUGAGCUGCAUCGGGGUCUCCACAGACGGGAUGGCGUGUUGCACAGGGUCCUGGGACAGCUUCCUGAAGAUCUGGAACUGAGGCUCCUCUUCAUCGAGCAGAGAGAGGAAGAGCAGGCCCGGGAGAGAGGGAAGAAGAUUUAAAAAGAAAGAAAAGGAAAUUGGAGUUUGAGGGAGAAGAGGGUAUUUCAAUUGUGCCAAGUCCUAUCUAACGUUGGAGAAGGGGAGUAAUGUGAAGAUGUCUCUCACCUGGGGGGGGGGGGGUUUAGGGGGUCUCAGUAAAACAUCAUUCCUCUUUAAUUAAUAGCUUAUUAUAUCGCGGUUUAAAUAAACAUAUGCACAUUUAUCGCAGCGUUUCACCCGAUGAGAACAGUUGCCAAAUGGAAAUGGUAGCACACUGGAAGCGAUGGAGGAGUCCAGUUUCAGCCUGUUAGGGUUCACUAGCUCAGCGUAUAUGCUGUGUUUUAUAUCAAAGCAUAAGUUAUGUCAUGAAUUAUAGGAGAAUUGUUGUGUCAGAUUGUUGUUUGUUCCUAGUUUUCCCCCCCUAGAUGCUUACAUUUACUUCCUUUUUCUUACUUUAAUUAAAACUCUAGUUUGCAGUAGUGUUUGAGUUGUUUUGUAUGUGAUUGAGUGACAAUAUUUACCAGGAUUUGAGGUCUUUAUCACUUAGACCUAACCCCCCCUCCCCUUGUAGCUAGACCUGAAAAGUGCUUUGGGAUAAUGACAUGUUUUCACGGUUCACUAAGCACUUAGAAGAAAAAAAAAGAUGACCCCGUUUGUCUCAGGCCAGGAGGACUUUGCGUAUGAGUGGAUGAUGAAGGCUAUUGUGUGAGAAAUAAAUCUGUAUGUGAACGCUUACUUUUUCCUCUGCGUGGUACACUUCAACGAUGUACAAACAGAAAAAAUAUCCACGGCCCGACUCGAGUUCGGACCGCCUCUUUUCCAACGCUGGAUACACGAUAAAGUAAAGCAAUACUACCUUUCUUAAUGACUGUCUAAUAAACAUGGGAUUCUGCAUUA